UGUAGCGCAGGCGCAGACGCUCUGCUUGGUGGCUGCUUCCUCCCUCCCCGCCUCUCGCUUUCCCCUGCCGGAGCGGCUUGUGCAGAGCAUGCGCGGUGGGCCAGAGCCGCUGAGGGAGGCGAGGGGGGUGGGGAAAUGGCGGCCGCGGUGUUGGCGGCGGCGGCGGCAGAGGGCGGCUGCUCGGGCGGCAGCGGCGGCUCCGGGGCGCUUAUGGCGGGAGGCGCGGCCCUGGCUGCCGGGGGCUGCCACGGUGGCGGGGCCGGCGCUGGGGCCGGCCCGUCGUCGUGGACGCGCUCCUUAGAGCGGGCGCUGGAAGAGGCGGCGGCCAGCGGCGCCCUCAGCCUGAGCGGCAGGAAGCUGAGGGACUACCCGCGGAGCAGCGCCGCCAGCCACGACCUCAGCGACACCACCCAGGCCGAUCUAUCACGGAACAGGCUGUCAGAGCUGCCUGCAGAAACUUGUCUCUUUGUUUCCCUUGAGAGCCUUAACUUGUACCAGAAUUGCAUUCGCUAUAUUCCAGAAGCCGUCUUGAACUUGCAGUCAUUGACAUUUCUGAAUAUCAGUCGGAAUCAGCUCUCAACAUUGCCAGUUCACUUGUGCAGCCUACCCUUGAAAGUUUUGAUAGCAAGCAAUAAUAAGCUCGUUUCACUUCCUGAAGAAAUUGGACAGCUCAGGCACCUGAUGGAGCUUGACGUAAGUUGUAAUGAAAUACAGACAGUUCCAUCACAGGUUGGCUGUUUGGAGUCUCUGCGAGACCUGAACCUCAGAAGAAAUCACUUGCUGCAUUUACCUGAAGAGCUUGCAGAGCUGCCUCUGAUUCGAUUAGAUUUCUCCUGCAAUAAAAUCACAACAAUCCCAGUUUGUUACCGGAACCUCAGGCAUUUGCAGACAAUCACUCUAGAUAACAACCCACUGCAGUCACCCCCUGCACAGAUAUGCAUAAAAGGAAAAGUCCAUAUAUUUAAAUAUCUGAAUAUGGAAGCAUGCAAGGUAGCUCCAGAUCUUCCGGAUUACGAUAGGCGGCCAAUGGGGUUUGGCUCUUGCCAUGAGGAACUGUACUCCAGUCGACCAUAUGGAGCGCUGGAUUCUGGCUUCAAUAGUGUGGACAGUGGAGACAAAAGGUGGUCAGGAAAUGAACCUACAGAUGAAUUUUCUGAUCUUCCUCUACGGGUGGCAGAGAUCACGAAAGAGCAGAGACUGAGAAGAGAAAGUCAGUACCAGGAGAACAGAGGGAGUGCAGUUGUCACCAAUGGUGGAGUGGAACAUGAUCUGGAUCAAAUCGACUUUAUUGACAGCUGUGUCACAGAAGAGGAAGAGGAAGAGGUGAGGCAACCCAAGUGCAUGGAGUCAGACAGCCUCAGCUCACAGUUCAUGGCAUAUAUUGAACAACGGCGAAUCUCUCAUGAGGGUUCACCAGUUAAACCAAUACCCAUCCGAGAAUUUCAUAGGUCAGAAGAUGCAAGAAGAUAUUUGCAUCACAAUAGAGAUGCAGAUGAAUUAAGACGACCUGAAAGUCUGACCUUGAUGCACGACAGAGAGCGACAACAAGUGCUAAGGAGCUACUUAGACCGGGCAGAGAGAGGCUCCAGUGAGUCAUCUUGUAUGCUGCCACUGUCAAACGCCCACAAUCAGGUCCCGCACUCUGAUGCAGAUCUACACAGAAGGCGUGAGCAUUUAGUUGAGCGCACCCGGAGGGAGGCCCAGCUGGCUGCACUACAAUAUGAGGAAGAGAAGAUGAGGACAAAACAGAUCCAAAGGGAAGCUGUCCUUGACUUUGUCAAACAAAAGGCAUCCCAGAGUCCUCAGAAGCAAAGUCCUCUGGAUAGCGAGUGUCCCUUUCCAUCCAGAAGGUCUCAGCACACUGAUGAUAGUGCCUUGCUGGUGAAUGGCCUUGAGCCUGUCUUAGUGUUUGAGAUUGACAGUAACACCAACACAAUUAAAAGGAGGCCGGGGACAGUCAACCAGAGUGAUGACCGAUCCACCAUCUCACCAAAUUCACCUACUUCUCAAACAGUUCACCUUUCUUCCCCGUAUCCUGGCUCCACUGCUGCUGCUGCUGUUCCUCCUUCCUAUAGAAAUCCUCCUCAGCGACCUGAGAGUUUCCUUUUCCGAAACUCUGCAAGGGAUGAUGCAAGCAAAGCCAUUGCGUCACUGCCCUCUUCUGCCUCAACUCCUACUAGUAGCACUGAAGACCAUAGAGAAAACCAUAAUUCCAAGCUGCAGGAAGAAGAUGUUGAGCUGAUAGAGCAACUACGGAAAAAUAUCGAGUCACGGCUGAAAGUGUCUUUGCCCAGCGAUCUUGGAGCAGCGCUGACUGAUGGAGUGGUGCUCUGCCAUUUAGCCAAUCACGUGCGGCCUCGUUCCGUUCCUAGUAUUCAUGUACCAUCACCAGCUGUUCCUAAAUUAACAAUGGCCAAGUGUAGACGCAACGUGGAAAACUUCCUGGAAGCUUGCCGAAAGAUUGGGGUGCCUCAGGACAAUCUAUGUUCCCCUUCUGACAUUCUCCAGCUAAACCUCAGCGUUAAAAGGACAGUAGAAUCUCUUCUUUCUCUGGGGACAGAUUCAGAAGAACCCAGUCUUGUCUCCCUUUCUACCCAGCUAUGUGGCUUUGCGGCAUUUUACUGUGCUCUGAUGCUAAUGCUGUCUGUGUUCUAUCACUGGGUCUUUUUCCUUUAGCUGAAGCUCAGGGGUGCCAUGGACUUGCUCCAGCUCUUCCAAGCAGUUGGUAAAUGGUCUGUGUUCUGGUUGAGAAUUUUGUAUGUGUACGUUCUUCCCAAUGCACCAGCAACCCACUCUGUGCACUACAGAAAAGACUCUGGAAAAUCCUGUUGCUGAUAAUGACCUAGUCAGUUGGAGUUUGCUGUUAGCAAAGUGAUCCAAGAGUCUUGAAUUCUGUGUGGUUAAAAAUAAUCCCCCAUAUUAUGUAAUUGGAGUACUUUAUGCAAAUCCAAAACAAAAAAUUGUAGACAGUUUGUUUUAGUUGUAGUUUGGGAUAGUUUUGUAGAACAAAAAUCCCCCCCCCCGCUUGCCCCCACUUUCUUGGGGUGGACAAAUAGAGACGUUGAUGAGAAUUUGUUGGAUAAAACUCAUGGAAUGUUGAAAAGGGAGCCAAGGGAAGACGUGGACACUGUGCUGAAGGAAGCAUCACCACCUUCCUGAGAUUAAGAUUUCCCACCUACACCUCGUUUGGUAUCUUAAAGAGGAAACAAACAAUGAAAUGCUUUUUCAAGCAUUUCUUUUCUCCACAUUUCUUUUCUCCAAAUUAUCCUUUUUUUAAAACAAAGUGGAGAUUGCUCAGGGUUCCUCAGCAGCCUCAAGCCUUCUCAGCAGGGGCCUUCCUUUCUGCAAAUCGUGGCAUCCUCCCAGCCAUGCUGAUUUGUGCCUUUCCUGGCUACGGGGGCACUGCUACAUUUGCAGAGCAGGCUGUGUUGUCCAGCAGGAUGUGCGAUGGCAGAGUUCUAGAGCUGGCGUUGAUUUGAUUUGAGUGGCCUUACCUACGUAAAUAACUUCCCGCGUGAGGUGGAGGAGGAGGUCCUCUAAAACAUUUGUCUUCUCUUCUGAAACUAGAAAAGCCAAAUCAUGUAACUUUUCUAAUCAUGGAGGUGAAGAAGCAGUCUUGGUGAGUCCCCUCCUCUGACAUUACGUUGCUUUGUGCAAGUGGACUGCUUGUGCGGGCAAGUGGUUGUACAGACAAGCCCAGCUGAGUAAGGUCUGCACCAGCUCUUUGUGCUGCCUCCAGGAAUCACUAGGAAAAUGAAUCCGCUUGCCUCACAUUUGGGCUCCUGCCCACCCUUGCACAAAUGUGCCAGUGUCAUUAAGAUCUCCCCACCCCCAGUUGAUAGAAUUUCUCAUUAACUCUCUCAAGAUCAUUGCAGGCAACAUCUCUUUGCACUUUCAUGUGCUUAGUGUGUGAGGCUUUCUCCUUUUUAAGAAAUGCAUGUGAGGAAUUGUUAGCUCUCCGCUUGUGUUUCCGUCUCUUAGCUUCUCAAUAAAUAGUCACAACUUUGGAGAAGCUACACUUUAUAAAAAAUCCUGUCCACGCUAACUGUUAACUGUCUAUAGAUCUUAGUUUGCUUUUCAGUUUAUCAAAAUGUUCAGAAUGGUGCACAAAUUAUAUGUAAGUAUAUUGCAAGCUGGACAGUUCCUAUUAUGAUAUGUGUUCUCACUGUAAGAGGACAGGAGAUGCUGGAACCCAAACUCUUCUGCAGCAGCUCACCUUUGGAAAGGCUGGUGGGAUACAUGAACUCACAGAAGCUCCAGCCUGCCAUGAACCCAAGCCACCUGGAGCACCCACCAGGCCUGGGCAAUGAAUGCUCAGGGGGUGAGGGGAGUUUGGAUGGAGGCUAUACCCACUUGCUGCGCCCUUGCACCACAAUCCCAGGGGCCCACCCAGUGAGUCAGAGUUAUCAGCCUUAGAAGAUGAGGAAGGGAAUGCAGGAGAGCUGGCACCACCUGAGACCCUCGAUCCAGAAGAAUCACUGCCCCCACCUUGCCCAGAACUUACUCCCUUGCCUCCUUCUGACUCUGAGGACUCCCUGGAACCACAACAAACAGAGGAGGAAUCACUGCUCCUCCGGAGAAGCCUGCAUAUAAGGAACAGGGUGCAGCUCCUUUAAAUGACUGCAGCCCCUUGAAGAGAUAGGAGGAGCCUGAAACAGGGUUCCUGGAGCAGGCCCUAUUUAAGAGCUCAGUCUUGAAGGAGCAGUUGCUGAGGCAUCUUUGGUGUAAAGCCUUCCUUCCUGCUACUGAGCUCUUGCCUUGACUCCCUGGAGCCUGACUGACUGCUUGCCUGACUUCGCCUUUGGCUCCUCCUGUGUACUAUCUCCGGCUACUGACCCAUUGCUUGUCUGACCACGCUUCUUGCCUGUUCCUGUUGGACUGCCUACCGGUACUGACCUUUGCACGUGUGACCUUGUCCUUGCCUUAUCCUACGGACUGCUUUCAGGCUUCGACCCUUGGCCAGACCACUAUGAUAUCACGGACCUGCACUACCCUGAUUGGCUCACCUGUUCGUACCAAACACGACACAGCCACAGAAAGUCCUACUCAGGCUUUUGAGAUUUCACUUGACAAUGGCCCAUGUGCUUUCAUUCUGCUGGUUCCUGCUGCCAUCAGGGCUAGAAAAUUAGCUUUUCCUGCUACAUGGAAACACAUUCUCAGGAUGCUGAAUUCUUCUGAUACCAAAUACCCUGCUUACACAGUGUGGUACCUCAUGUAGAAUACGCACAGCCCUGCUUCAGGGUGUUUAAGGUACUUUUAACAGCAUUACUGUAAAUGCCUCUUUGGCCUAAUGGCUGCUCAACAGCUUCCUUGGAUGGGGGAGCAUCAAGACGCACUUGUUUUCAGCCAGCCUUUCAGAACAGCAUCUUGACUAUGCACAGUUUAGCUCAGGGAUCGUCCAGGCUGAAGCUUCAGCCUUUUUAGCCUGUCCGUGCUCUUGCCUUUCUCAGGGAGACCUUUACGCUUAAAAGUGGAUCUCAGAGCACAAUGAUUUGCCUUUUGCCUGAGGCAGGUAUGGUUGAAAAGGCAGUGACAUCUGAAUUGCCUUAGCUUGGCGGUCUUCAAUAAUCAGGGCAAGCCUUUUAGAAUUUGUCCUUCAUGCUCUGGUGCUCAAACUUGCUGGAAGCUUCAAGCUUGACAAUGCAGAAUCCAAGAACAAAACAGGUUCUCUCUAUUUUCACAUUUUGAGAAUGUGCGUUCAUAGGCACUGCUGUAACCAAAUGCAAGUCAGGGGCACGUUUUGUAUGGGGAAUGAAUGAUGGCAUGAGCUUCCAUCUUGGGAAAUAUGAAUGUUGAAUGCAUGCAGUUGGGUAUAUGGAAGAUGCAUACACAUCUUGAUUCAACCUUGCUACAUAUAUUCAUAGUUCCCAAAUUAGGUUCUCCAUCAGACAACUGGUCAGGGUACUUAAAACCAACUUAGAUCCCUAAGAGGGAGAGCUUGGUUGGUCUGUAAGUAGUGGGAGUCCUGUGACUAUGGAGUCUCUAGGCCAGGUUAUCAUGCUACCCUGAGCUCCCACAAAGAAUGAGCCGCUUCCUGCACUGGGCCGCCUCCUUCCAAAUAGCAGACUUUCUCCUACAAAUGGGUAGGAGAAAUGGGCUGAAGUAGCACAAACCUUUCCCUACCUUAGAGACACCUGAGCUAGUGCUUGCCUUGUUUACAGUCCACAAAUCUUACAAUUCUAACAGGCAUUUUGGCUAGGUUUGUGACAGUACUUUGCUGGAUUCAUAUCGUGUUUAAACAAAAGGCCAAAUUCCCCUUUCUCAGCCAGGAUGCCUGCUCAGAGGGACAGAAAUCAGAAGUCUUGUGUGCCUCUCUCUACCAGUGAAAGAUGCCCCUUGUAGCCAGACAGAUGUGCUGAAAGACAGCUAAAGGUCAAUGCUCCCUCACAGGGCUGUGUUUAAAAUGCACUUUUUGAAAAGGAUUAAAAAACUUCACCAAGAAAAGAUGCGUGCUGCAACCUGUGUCAAAUUCAGCAGAUUCAACUUCUUCUUCUUAUUAUUAUUAUUAUUAUUAAUACAUUUAUAUCCCGCUCUUCCUCCAAGGAGCCCAGAGCGGUUUACUACAUACUUGAGUUUCACUUUCACAACAACCCUGUGAAGUAGGUUAGGCUGAGAGAGAAGUGACUGGCUCAGAGUCACCCAGCUAGUAUCAUGGCUGAAUGAGGAUUUGAACUUGGGUCUCCCCGGUCCUAGUCCAGCACGCUAACCAUUUUAUCUGAUUUUGAUUGCCAUGGGGAAAGGCAGUGAGUUCUGCAGGGCUCUGAGACCCCCCACACCCAGUCACUGGGAAGCUGCUUCGCUAGCUUUUUCCCUCCAUGCUUCCAAGCAUAUCUUAGCAGCAAUAAGGGCUCACAACUGGUUUUGUUUCCUCAAUGAAAGCUGUGAUUCUCAGGAAGCUGACUUCUACGCACAAGAUCACAUAUUGUUCCUUCAGAAUCGUGGCAUGCUCGCACCUCAGUAGUGACUGAAUGCAUCCAGUUCUUAAAUGCCUAGUGGUUACUGUGCUGAUUGUUGAACUAAUCCCUAGUAUUCCAAAAGGUAGAUGAAGGAAAACGUUGAGUGGCCCAAUCCACCUAGAAGAAAGCUGUACACGAUAACCUGUUAGAUUACUUCCUGGGAGGGGGCAUGGGGCAAGGACCCCGCUUCCUGCAUUAGUACUAAAAUAACGAAUUGGCUGUGAACAAAGUUAUUUUAUGGGGUUUGCCUUUUUAAGGAAAUACCAAGGAAUUGAUUCCUGACCCCUGCUACCUCGGCAAAGAGGCACCUUUUAAACGUAGUGAUUCUCUUUAUUUAACAGGUGGAGAGUAACUGGCCCUAUCCACCCCCAGCACAGUAUUUCCAGUUACUGUUGCUGGUUUCUAUGUUUCUUUUUAGAUUGUGAGCCUUUGGGGGACAGGAAGCUGGCUUAUUUAUUUAUUAUUUAUCUGUGUAAACCACUUUGGAAACUUUUGUUGAAAAGCAGUAUAUAAGUAGUUGUAGUUGUAGUUGUUGUUACUAGAUCUUACUCUCUCAUAAGAACAACCCUGCUAGAUCAAGCCCUAGGCCUAUCUUGUCCAGCAUCCUGUUUCACACAGUGGCCUACUAGAAUCCUCUGGGAAGUCCACAGGCAAGAGGUACGGGUAUGCCCUCUCUCUUGCUGUUGAAAGUGCUCCAGGCCACUGAUCACCUUGGUUACCUUUUUCUGCACCUUUUCCAGUUCUAGAAUGUUCUCCUUAAGAUGUGGUGACCAGAACUGUACGCAGUACUCUACAUGUGGCCACACCAUAGAUUUGCAUAAGAGCAUUCUAAUAUAGCAUUUUUCUUUUCACCCUUCCUAAUGAUCUCUAGCAUGGAAUUUGCCUUUUUCACAACUGCCAUGCACUGAGUUGACACUUGCAAUGAGCUGUCCAGGACAUCCUCAAGGUUGCUCUCCUGGUUAGUCAUUGUCAGCUCAGACCCCAUCAUUGUGUAUAUGUAGUUGGGGUUUUUUGCCCCAAUAGGCAUCACUUUACACUUGCUUACACUGAACUGCAUUUGCCAUUUUGUCUCCCACUCCCCCAGUUUGGGGAGAUCCUUUUGUUGUAGAUUUCACUACCCUAAAUAGUUUAGUGCCAUCUGCAAAUUUGGCCACUUGGCUGCUUAUCCCAACUUCUAGAUUAUUUAUGAAUAAGUUAAAGAGCACUGGUCUCAGUACAGAUCCUUGGGGGACCCCACUUUUUACUUUUCUCCACUGUAAAAACUCCCCAUUUACUCGUAUCCUCUGUUUCCUGACCUUCAAUGAGUUCCCAAUCCACACAUGAACCUGGCCCCCUGUCCCAUGACUGCUAAGUUUAUUCAAGAGCCUUUGGUGAGGAACUUUGUCAAAAACCUUUUGACAGUCCAAGUAUACUAUGUCAACUGGAUCACCUUUAUCCACAUGACAUUCACAAAGAACUCCAAAAGAUUAGUGAGGCAAGACCUGCCCUUGCAGAAGCCAUGCUGGUUUUCCUUCAGCAAGGCCUGUUCUUCUGUAUGUUUAACAAUUUUGUCCUUAAGUAUACUUUCCAUUGAUUUACCUGGCACAGGAGUUAUGCUAACUGAUCUGAGGUUUCCCUUUUUGAAAAUCGGAUUUACAUUAGCUACUUUCCACUCCUCUGGAAAGCCUGACUGUAGGAACAAGUUACAUAUUUUUGCUAGGAGAUCACCAUUUCACAAUUGAGUUCCUUCAGAGCUCUUGGGUGGAUGCCAUGUGGCCCUGGUGAUUUGUUAAUUUUUAGUUUUCCAAUACAGUUUAGAACAUUCUCACUUGUCACAUCAAAUUCACCCAGUUCUUCAGCCUCCAGGUCUGAAAAGCUCAGUUCCAGAGUGGGUAUCCUCUGGACGGUCAGUAUCCUCCACCAUGAAGACAGAUGCAAAGAACUCAUCCAGCUUUUCUGCAAUUUCCUUAUCCUUCUUAAUAAUCCUUUUCAUCAUCUAAGGCUCCAACCACCUCCCUGACAGAUUUUUAAGUCCAAGGUCUCUUUCUUUCUAGGCAUUAUUUAUUUGUUUGUUUAUUUGUGUGUUUGUUUGAUUUAAAUGCCACCCUUCCAAAAAUGGCUGAGGGUGGUUUAACUUUUAAUAAUUAACUUUUGUUUGGUCUAAGCCAGGGGUUCCCAACCCUGGGUCCCCAGAUGUUGUUGGCCUAUUAGUUUCCAACCACAAUGGCCCAAUUGGACUGGAACCCUUGGUCUAGUAUAUAACGCUAACAUUAAGUAGCUCUAGCAUUAACAGGACAGAAAAUUCAAAGAGCUGAUUCUCAAGUAAGACACUGAAAUUGCUUCAGGCACUCCCAUCUAAUUGCCAUGUUCAGACUCUGUAUUGGUUUAUGUUCAGUCCUAGACAAUGAUUCUCCAGUGGAACGGAGGGGAAAUUAAUAUCUAUUGAGCUGAGUGAGAUGACACAUUGGGCAAGACGAGGAUAAUUCGAUCCAUGCCCAUAAAUGUAAAAGUAAGUCCACAGGGCUGUCUUUGCAGGAUGUGUGCAUUGAUCAGUUGAGCUCUUGUCACUGUGGCAGGCCUGCUUAAUGCAAUAUGUCUGUAUUUAAUUUCACCAUAGCUUCCGAGGACUGUUUGGGUGCCUCACUGGGUGGCUCUGUGACCAAAUGUCAGUCUUCUUCCGUGGGUACAAAUGCCCACUUCCUUCUCAAGGCAGUAUUGCUUUGAGUAGGAAUAAUUACCACUAUUUUUUGUACUGUUCAGUUUGGGGCUAAAAUUAACUGUUGUCCAUGUUGCCUCUUGAAUACUGAGUUGCCGAGGCAGGAGUUGAACAAGCACCACCUUCUGUGCUGCAAAUUGUGAAUUGAAUUUGAUUUUUCCAAACAAGUGGCAGCUACUUAUUUGGAACACAUGUAUGUUCCAGCUUGUCUGGGAGGAAUAUGGUUUCCUAAAUGGCUAGCGCUCAGGGUUUCACACAUUACGUGUUGCUGUGAGGUGGGUUAGGCUGUGGGCUUGUUUUAGCAUCUGAGCAUUUGGUGAACAUUAUUAUUGAAGCGCAAGCAUCAGAUCCCAGCCCCAACUGGCACUCCUUUGCUUGGAUUUGUUUCUAGAAGAUCUGGGAGUGCAAACUAGCUCCCGGGAGGUUGGUUUGUGGACACAUAGAAACUUGGAAGAAAGAGGAGUUCCAGUGCUGCUGGGUGGGGCGUGCUCUCAUAUGCCAUUCCAGUUGCACACUUGAUUCUCGGCCAGGCACAACACAGGUGCCAGAGCUUUGGACAUAUGGCAGGCUGAAGUCAGUUGGUUCACCUUUCCUGAGGCAGUGCCAAAGGUCACCCUUCGUCCUCUCUAUGAACAGGACAGGACACUUGCCACCUGACCCCAAACUCCCAAGGAUCGCUUUGACAUAGGAAAGGUGCAAGAUUCCUCUUGCAUUUGUGGUCCUCCAGGAAUUGUCCUCACUCCCACUGUCUGUGGCCCAUGGAGCACAGAGUGGCCGAGGGAAGCAAAACACAAGUGGAGAAGUGUACUCCAGGGCCCUCUGCAGUGUUGCAGGUGGUGCCGAGGCCCCUCUCCAAGCUUGCGUGCUGCUUCCUUUUGGUAUUCCACCUGCGAUUAGGCCUGGGGCCCUUUGCUGUGACACACUGCAUACUGCUACAGCCACAGUAAAAUAAGGUCUUUCCCCUGUGGAGGAAAUCAAGUCUUAUAUCAUACAAAAUUUGCAAUUCAUAGCAUUAGCUUCGAUAUACUCCCUUCUCAGUUCUUGCACAAUAGCUACAGGUUUAGCAACUCCAGUACUAUAGUUCUGAGAUUUUCCUGAAGUCCUGCCUCUUGCUUCUCUAUCUGUGGCAUCAAACUUCUUCCAUUGCUGCUUUUAAGUAUCUCGUCAGCAUCCACUUUUCCCACAAUGCUUUUCUUUGACCCCUUUACCGCAUCCUAGAUUGUGAGGUCCCUGAGUAGAAACUGACACCCCUUUCUCACAUGCAUUGCCUAACACUAUUCAGUGGUCCCUUGCCAACCGCAUGGCUUCUGUUCCCGGAAACACUCUCAGUCAUUGACUUCAAUGGGAGACAUGAGGUUAGGGGAAUUGCGAGUGCCAAAGUGCCUGAAAACACACAUGCAAGUGAAAAAAUCCUCCCAUACCCCCAGUAUAGAUCCCCCGAGCCCCUGGAAAUGACUCCCAAACCCCCCAGAAUUGGCCCCCAAAUCCCCUGAAAUUGCCCUCUGACCAUUGGAUUGACCCCGAAAAAUGGCCGAAAAUUUAAAAAAAUUAGUUCCAACCAUGAAUACUCAAGUUGCGGUUGGCGAGGGGUGUGACAGUUCACCAGUUAUUGAUACUCAAAUUCACGAUUGACAAACCCACAGUUGGCGAGGGACAACUGUAUUAGUGCUCAAUGCAUACAAAAGGGGACCUAUAUAUGUCUGGGCUGCCGUCUAUAGCUCUGUCUCUUGGAUCCAAAACCAGUGCUUGGUCAUCUUGUAGGCUGCAGCACUCCAUGUAGUUUUAAUUGUGUACCUGAUGAUGAUGAAGAAGAAGAAGCAAGUUGCUGCCUGCAAAAGCUCAUACCUCAGUAAAUGUUAGCCUCUAAGGUUAUGAUGCACUUUUGGUUGCUAUAGGCUAAUGUCCACUGCUCUUCUGGCAUCUGGAAGCAUUUGUGAGGGUUUGGGCAGGGGAGUGAAAUCCCAGUCCUCAAACCUGCUGUCCACUUUUCUCAGAGGAGUCCCUCAGCUUGCCACAAGUCCUCUCUGAAAGCAGCAAGGUUUCAUGGUCAGGAGUGGGAUUGCAACUUGGCCUGCCCAUACUCAGUUUGCAUGAGUAAUGCCUGAAUUUGUCAAGGAAAUGGAGCGCUUCAGUUAUAUGAAUAAAAAUGUCUUGAAACAAUGGACUUUGUAUAUUUUUAAAAAGCUGUUUCUAAAUAGGGAUAUUUUAGGGAUAUUUUCUAAGGAACAAGAGUGCCUGUGCGGGUGAUUGGGCUGCACAAUGAAUCAAACUUUCUUAAUUGUGUAUUGUUUGAAUGAAAGAGAAUUGUUUUAACCCCCACUCACCCACCUCUCUACUCAACUAGUCAAAGGCAAGUAUUUAACAAAUAGCCUAUCUUGUUUAGCUUUAAGAAUGUAUUAGUUUAGUCAGGCCUGCUCAGCUUACUACAACUCCCAUAAUCCCUAGCAACAGUGCCCAAUGGCCUGGGAUUAUGGAAGUUGUAGGCCAACAUCUGCAGGAGGGCCUCAGUUGAGCAGCCCGGGUUUAGGUGCAUCUAGCAGCUUGCAAGAUUCUCUCUUCAAUUCCUCCUCAUUCUUGUGUUUAUGCAAAGAAAAAUGUUUUGUUGGCUUAUUCUCUCUGUAUCAGAUUUUCCACACGAAGUAUAAUUCCAUCAGUUUGGUUUAGUUUAAACUUAGAGCAAAUAUUGCCUGUCCCUCCUUCACCUUGUAUUCCUUAAACAUUCUCCUUUUGUAUAUGUGUGUGAGAGAGUGCGUGUGUGUGGUUUUUGAUAUCUUUUUUAAAAUGAGUGUUGAUUUAAAUAAAGUUACUGUCCCAGA